UUCCCGCCACGUGAAAAUGCCUCCUAGACGGUCUUCCAGACAAACCAGUAAAGAAACCGAGGAUGAAGAGGGACAGAGUACACAGCAGCACAAAAAGAAAGAAAACAACCAGUGGAUUUGUUUCAUUAAUAAUGAUGCUUUAGAAAUUGAUCCAAACAAUGAAAACAAGACAACAUUUUGCAAACUCAGACAUCCUAAAACAGACAGGAGUGCCAUGUUUCUUUUUGCCAAUGGUGAUAAAGAUGUAUUCGAGGUCGCGGUUUUUUCAGAGGACUGUAGAUCCUGGUUAAUAGAUGACACGGUCCAACAAGAUGGAAGUCUACACAUAACAACCCCCAUAGAUCCUCUGUUCCUUAUUCUGCCUUACUUCCUCAAAGUCAAAGAGCGUGGAAUGUUCAUGACCUUGGAUCAGAUAGUUUGUGAUCCUGAUUUCCCAGAAUGCAGCAGGCUUGUCAACACUUCAGGAACUUCUGACCUGCAUCACAUCUCUGAUAUCAAAGGAAGUGAUGAUCUCCAAGCCUACAGAUACAAUGAAGAGAAAUUAUUGUCAUGGUUACAAUCCAAAACGGAGAGGCUGGCGGAGAAAUUGUCAGAGAGGGAGAUAUGUGUGUCCGGGGCACAGAGUUCUACGUACGUCAGGACGAAGCGGGCAAUGACGGCAACUCACGAUGAUUACAUAAGAUAUGCUUAUGGAAUGGUCUGUGACUACAUUCCUACAGAUAUUAGUGCCAGGCUUAGAGAACACAUGAAAAUUCCAGAGGUUGUUGAGAAAAAGGAAAAUGAGCCCCCAUUAAAGAAAGCUAAGACGGAUGACAUUACCCCAACAGAAGAUUACAGUCAAGGAAAGUCAGAGGUCAAGUCAACUAAGGCCAGUAAACUGACAGUUGGUCAGAAGAAACUGAGUAAAGUGGACAAAUCUGGGAUGAAGUCAUUGGCCAGCUUCUUCUCGCCUAAAGCAAAGACAUGAUGAUAUUUAAAGAAUUAGAUGCUUAUUUUGUUGUUUGGCCAGAUGUGUCAGACACACAUUUUGUUGUCCCUAAGUUUUAAAAGAGUGAAUGUGUGGUAAAAAGCAAAGGACAUUUUUUUGUGAUCGACAUAUGCAUUAAAGAAAUGUUUGUUGCUGAAUAAAACAAGUUUGAAGAA